AGAUCAAAGACGAUCGAAGAUCGCAGAUUUUGCAACUUGUUCUUGGACGGUCAUCUCGAAACUUGGAAAGAAUAUUUGAGUCUGCCGGGGCUGCCAUAUUUCUGGUCUGGUUGUGUCCCAAUAACCACGCAGAAGAGCGGAGUGGUUGUCUGACCCUAAGAGCAGGCAUCUCUGCAUUAGCUCUAAUAACCUAUUCACAGUAUUGCUUCAGUACUUUUCAGUGUGAUUCAGAGGUUGUGAAGAUGUCUGGUGCAGACAAUAGUCAAGACAGAGCCCAUCCACGAGAGUGGGUUCUUAACGCGGAGACUGAAUAUAGGUUUGAACUUGACAUUGGAACCUCCUUCGCCAUCAAGUUGAUUCGUGGCCAAGCCGAAAUAUUCGGCGCAGAGCUUGUUGAAGGCAAGACAUACCUCUUCUACGAGGAAUGCAAGGCAGCUGUAUAUACAUGGAUAGGAUGCACCAUAGAGGUUAUAGGUCAACCAUCAACCGAAUACGUCUCCGAAGAGACCCCUAUGGCCGCCUACGCCAACGUCCACCUAGCGCUAGAAGCCAUGCGAGUUAAGACUCUUCUACAUGCCCAAAUCGCUGCCUCCCCUGAUACCGCCUCUCCUGAAGACUUACAAGAGGAUGCAGAAAAUGGCCCAUCGGACUCUCCCAGAGUACUCAUACUUGGACCUGAGAAUUCCGGCAAGACGACACUUACCAAGAUCUUGUUAAACUAUGCGACUAGAGCGGGCCAGGAUUGGUGUCCAAUUCUUGUCAACGUUGAUCCGAACGAGGGUGGCCCAAUGUUACCUGGUACUCUGUCCGCCACGCCGAUACCGUCACCCAUCCAAACUUCUACACCUGCACAUACCCUCGGGGCUUCGGCCACUAGCGCACCGACACACAUGGCUUCGAAUGCACUCUUGCCAUUUGGUUAUUGGUAUGGGCACGCCGAGACGAAACGGAAUCCGCUUCUUAUGGAUCGCCUUAUACGGAAUUUGGGAGAGAAUGUUUGGGAUCGCUGGGAUGCCGAUAUAAUAGGUCGUUCCUCUGGGCUCAUAGUGGAUACGCCUGGUUCAUUCGCUGCCAGUUCAGGUGCACAUAGUGAUCAUCGACAGAGUCUCAUCAAAGCGUGUAUUGACGCGUUCCGGAUAAACGUUAUUCUCAUCGUUGGUCAUGAGAAGCUGAACGUAGAGAUGCAACGCGCCUACGGAAACAAACUCUCGGUCAUCAAGAUCCCAAAGUCCGGCGGAGUAGUCGAGCUAGACGCACUCUAUCGCGCUCGAGUCCAGAAAUACCAAAUGCAUUCCUACAUGUACGGAGAACGUGUGACCCCACCUCCGGGCAUGCCUCCUAUUUCUUCUACCCAAUCAACAAUCAGGUAUCUCGUAGGAGGCGAACAGAGUACCGAUAUGACACUCGCGCCUAGUAGUGCCGUCGUCAACUUCAGCGAUUUAGCCAUUUGGAGAAUUGGUGAAGAAACGAUGGCGCCUACGUCGGCAUUGCCCAUAGGCGCGACACGCGUCGUGUCCGAAAUGCAACCUCUCCCUGUGGAUCCCGCGCAAGCUGGAUCGGGACUCUACAACGCAGUUCUUGCACUGAUUGCCCCUCCAAACCCGGACGACACUGAGCGGUACGAUGAAGAAAUCCUGGAUCUGAAUGUUCUUGGAUUCAUUGUUGUAACCGCGCUCGAUAUCCCUAACAAGCGGAUGACCAUCUUGUCGCCUAGUCAAGGUUCUCUCUCGGGUCGGACAGCCAUUGUCGGGUCUUUCGAGUGGCAGGAGUAAAUUCGUACUGUAUCGUUAGUAUGUUUCUAUUCUUUAUUCACUGCCUACUAAUGGACGAAGAGAAUUAAGUAUAGUGAUGAUAAACUCAUAAUAGAUUCCCUCUAAUAUACUCAUGUACAGAGAAACUUAUGCCAAAAUGUGCAAUGAAGCGGACAACUCAUCAGCCACAUGAGAUCAAAUACGGUGACUAUCUGCAUCUACGCCGUUCAGACGACAUCUCGAAAGUAAAUUCAUCAUGAAUCACCAACGCUGUCUACUCCGAGCUCUUUCGAACACGCUUCUACACUCCCUUGUAUGACCCCUAACACUCACCUUUGUACAUCUUUGAGAUGUUCUUGCAAUAAGGAAUCGCCAAUGAUACGUUCUCGAUAACCUG